AGAUGUCACUUCAAACAUUAGCUAUGCCUACAAUCGUAAUCCUUGGGAUAUUCAUAUUCACUCUAUAUGUUGCUAUAUUGCAUCCAAAACAACAUCAAAAUAAUGGGAAAAAUGCACCAGGUCCUAUGGCCUUGCCAAUUAUUGGUAACCUACACAUGUUAGGGAAACUCCCACACCGCAGCCUUCAAUCCUUAGCCAAAAAAUAUGGACCCAUAAUGUCCUUAAAGCUAGGACAGGUUCCUGCAAUUGUGAUUUCUUCCCCUGAAACAGCUGAACUAUUCCUCAAGACCCAUGACACUCUCUUUGCAAGCAGGCCUAAAAUUGAAGCUUCGAAAUUUAUUCUUAAGAACAAGGGCCUAGUGUUUUCUGAGUAUGGUGCCUACUGGCGCAACAUGAGAAAAUUGUGCACUCUACAACUUUUGAGUGCAUCAAAAGUUGAGAUGUUUGGUCCUUUGAGGAGAGAAGAGGUGGGAAUAUCGGUGAAGAGAAUAAAAAAUGCAGCAGCGUUGUGUGAAGUUCUGGACCUUAGUGCGUUGGUGGGAGAGCUUAUGGAGAACAUUGUAUAUAAAAUGGUUUUUGGGCGCACUAAAGAUGAUAGAUUCGACUUAAAGGGACUUGUCGAAGAGAUAUUGAGCUUGGUCGGAGCUUUCAACGUUGCAGACUACAUCCCUUGGCUUGGUGUGUUUGAUCCUCAGGGACUUACAAGACGAUUAAAGAGAGCAAGCAAGGCAUUUGACGAAGUCUUGGAGCAAAUAAUUGGAGACCAUGAGCAUCCACCUGAUGAUGAACAAAAAGGGCCACGCAAGAAGGACUUUGUGGACAUAAUGCUAUCACUUAUGCACCAACCCAUGGAUCUUAAUGAUGGACAGAAUUACGUCAUUGAUAGAACUAAUAUCAAAGCUAUUAUAACAGAAAUGAUUGGAGCAUCAUUGGACACAUCUGUUACAACAGUUGAGUGGGCUAUGUCAGAACUCUUGAGGAAUCCAAGUGUGAUGAAGAGACUUCAAGAUGAACUAGAAAAUGUAGUGGGAAUGAACAGACAUGUGGAAGAGCAUGACUUGGAAAAUUUGCCCUAUUUAAAUAUGGUAGUGAAGGAGACGUUGCGAUUAUAUCCUGUUGCACCUUUGCUAGUGCCACGUGAGUCUAGAGAAGAUGUUACCAUUGAAGGUUAUGACAUAAAGAAAAAGUCAAGGAUCAUAAUAAAUGUAUGGGCAAUAGGAAGAGAUCCUAAAGUUUGGUCACAUAACUUCCAACUUGUACCAUUUGGUUCAGGUCGCAGAAGGUGUCCUGGGAUGCAAUGGGGUCUAACUACUGUUAGACUAGUUCUAGCUCAAUUAGUGCAUUGCUUCGAUUGGGAGCUUCCAUUGGGCAUGUCUCCACAUGACUUAGACAUGACUGAGAAAUUUGGUCUUGCAAUUCCAAGAAAUAAGCAAUUGCGAGCAAUGCCAACUUAUCGCAUAAAAAAUCCACCAGGUCCUAAGGCCUUGCCAAUUAUUGGUAACCUACACAUGUUAGGGAAACUACCACAUCGCACCCUUCAAGCCCUUGCCACAAAAUAUGGACCCAUCAUGUCCUUAAAAUUAGGACAAGUACCAACCGUUGUGAUUUCCUCUCCUGAAACAGCUGAGCUAUUCCUCAAGACCCAUGACACUGUUUUUGCUAGUAGGCCUAAAACUCAAGCCUCAGAAUACAUGUCUUAUGGCUCUAAAGGGGUAGUGUUUUCUGAGUAUGGUGCAUAUUGGCGCAACCUGAGAAAGGUGUGCACCACACAACUUUUAAGUGCAUCAAAAGUUGAGAUGUUUGCUCCUUUGAGGAGGGAAGAGUUAGGACUACUUGUGAAGUCACUUGAAAAAGCAGCAUCCUCACGUGAGGUUGUAAACAUCAGUGAGCAAGUUGGGGAGGUUAUAUCAAAUAUUGUCUAUAAGAUGAUACUUGGGCGCAGUAAGGAUGAUAGAUUCGACCUUAAGGGGCUUGUUCAUGACGCUUUGCACUUGAGUGGAGUUUUCAACGUGGCAGAUUAUGUACCUUGGGCAGGUAUCUUUGAUCUUCAGGGACUAAAAAGAAAAUUCAAGAAAACAAGUGAGGCAUUCGAUCAAGUGUUUGAGCAGAUCAUCAAAGAUCAUGAGGAAGCUUCUAAUAGCAUGAAAAAUAAUGUGCAUUACAAGGACUUUGUGGACAUACUGCUGUCACUUAUGCACCAAAACAUGGAUCAAUAUGAGCAGAAACAUGUGAUUGACAGAACUAAUAUCAAGGCUAUUAUAUUGGAUAUGAUUGGAGGAGCAUUUGACACAUCUACCACUGCAAUUGAAUGGGCUAUGUCAGAACUCUUAAGGCACGAAAGGGUCAUGAAGAAGCUUCAAGAUGAGUUAAAUAAUGUGGUAGGGAUAAAAAGGCAAGUAGAGGAGUCAGACUUGGCAAAAUUGCCUUAUUUGAAUAUGGUAGUGAAAGAGACAUUAAGGUUGUAUCCUGUUGGACCUUUGCUAGUGCCUCGUGAGUCCCUAGAAGAUAUCACUAUUAAUGGUUAUCACAUAAAGAAAAAGACAAGAAUUUUGAUCAAUGCAUGGGCAAUAGGACGAGAUCCUAAAGUAUGGUCAAAUAAUGCCGAAAUGUUUUAUCCAGAGAGAUUUGUUAAUAGCAAUAUAGACAUUAGAGGACAAGACUUUAAACUCAUACCAUUUGGUUCAGGUCGUAGAGGAUGUCCUGGGAUACAAUUGGGUUUAACUACUGUUGGUCUUGUUCUAGCUCAAUUAGUGCAUUGCUUUAAUUGGGAACUUCCAUUGAACAUGUCUCCAGAGGACUUAGACAUGACUGAGGAAUUUGGCCUUUCAAUUCCAAGAAGUAAGCACUUGUUGGCUAUACCAACUUGUCGCCUAUUCAAUAAAGCUUGA